UCCUAGUACAGAUGGAAAAAGAUGACCCCAGUGAGGUCCCCUUCAGAUGUAAGGGGAGCUGUGAUGCCUUCCCCGUGGCUUCAUCUUUUACUAACUGUAACAUCAUUCAGACUAGAAAGAAGCCAUAUAUGUGUAAUCACUGUGGAAAAUCUUUCAGCUGUUGUUCUAAGCUUAUUGUACAUCAGAGAACACAUACUGGAGAAAAACCCUAUGAAUGUACUCAGUGUGGGAAGGCUUUCAGCCAGAGCUAUGACCUUGUCAUACAUCAGAGGACAUAUACUGGAGAGAAGCCCUAUGAAUGCAUCCAGUGUGGGAAAUCCUUCACCCAGUGUUCCAAACUUAUCAGGCGUCAGUGAACUCACACUGGAGAAAAACCAUAUAAAUGCCUUGAAUGUGGCAAAUCCUUCAGAUGAAACUCUAAUCUCAUUGUGCAUCAGAGAAUUCAUACUGGAGAGAAACCUUAUGUGUGCACUCAAUGUGGAGAGUCCUUCAGCCAAAACUCUGACUUCAUAGCAAAAAGGACUCACACUGGGGAGAAGCCCUAUGAAUGCAACCAGUGUGGAAAAUCCUUCCCUCGAAGCACUCAGCUCAUUAGGCACCUGCGAAUUCACACCAGAGAGAAGCCAUACAAAUGCAGUCAGUGCAAGAAGGCCUUCACAGGGAACUCACACCUUGUUGAACACCAGAGAACUCAUACUGGAGAGAAACCCUUUGAGUGUCAUGAAUGUGGGAAAGCCUUCACAAGGAGCUCACACCUUCUUUCCCAUCAGAGAAUUCAUUCCGGGGAGAAGCACCAGUGUAACAAUUGUGGAAAAUUAUUCCACCAGCAAUCUCAGCUUAUGGUGCAUCAGCAGACGCAUACUGGAGAGAAACCAUAUGCUGACUGA